AUGCCCAUUCGUGCACUGCCCCUGGAGGGACUGACCUCUAUCGCAGGCUUUUUCGAUCCCUCCUCGGUCCCCCUCGCCUUCACAAGCGCCUCGCCUACCGGGCGAGUUGCGGGGGAGCUCGCUGCCUUCGCUUGCCCUGCGCACUGCUAUGGCCAUGCUGCUUCACCGCAGACGCCAAUGCUGAGCAUGGACCCGUCCUUUAUGGAGCGCGUCGCUGUUAUAACGGACACCCAGCAAGUGAAGAAUGCGGAGUGGUGGAUGGUGCGGAGCCGUCGCCUCAUCCACGACGACCCCUACCCAUACCCUCUGCGCAGCGUGUACUUCUGUCUGAGCUCGGCACUGGAGCUGUCAGUGGAUCUCCUCGCGCGCGUGCCACUCUGCGCGUCCACUGUCACAAUACUCAACCUGAAUGCCCGCUGCGACAGCCACAAUCACAUCUCCAGCCUCGGCGUCAUAUCUCGUCUCGUCCACUUGCGCGAGCUGAUCAUGAAGAACACGACAGUGCUGCAGUCCACUCGCCAGCUACCUAUGGUCAUGACACCGGAGCUCCACGCGGUAUUUCGAAAGCUGCGCAAGCUCGUUGUUGGCGACUUCUAUCUAGUGAAACAUCUCCCCCUGCACGACUUGCCGGAGCUGGAGGAGGUAGACUUGGCUGGAACCGGUGUGACGAGCGACAUCGUACUGGCACUGUCGAGCUGCCACCGCGUGCAUACUCUCACACUAAGCGGUUGCGUCGGCAUCGACUGUUUUGCACCUCUGACAGCACUGACCCAUCUCUCUCGGCUUGACGUGUCGCACACGCACCUUGACAAUGCGGAGCUUCUCCACCUCUGCCGCAGCUGUUCACAGCUGCGCUUUCUUGCACUGAAUAGCUGCAACCACAUCACGGACUUCUCUCCACUAGCUCUCCUAGAGAAUCUGACGUAUCUCCACGUGGCCCGAACACGCUUCCGCACCUCUGACCUGGAGCGCAUCAAGGCUCUUCCAGAGCUGGAGGAAGUGCACAUGUCGUCGUGCCGCGUCGUCGACACUUUCACGCCGCUAGCUGACCUGCGAACGCUGCGGGUGCUUGACUUACGGGACACGUGGAUGGACGACGCCGGGAUCGAGGCUAUCGCGCGGUGCUGCCAGCUGAAACGCCUCAACUUAAGCUCCUGCCCCGCCAUCGAACACUUCUCGCCCCUCGCACAGCUCUCGAUGCUGGAUGAACUUAACCUCUCGUGCUCGCCGGUGACGGACACAUGCCUGGCAAUGCUCUGCGCCUUCGCCUUGAGCCUUCGCGUCAUCCUGCUCCACGGGUGUCGUCUUGUGAGCGACUUCACGCCGCUUCGCAAGCUUUCGUCGCUUGAGGAGGUUGGCGUCUGUGACACAGCCUUCAACGAUGACGCACUUGAGGCGGUGGCCCAGUGUCCUCAGCUGGCGAAGUUGCACCUACACGUCUGCACCGGAGUGACAUCGUUGUCCCCGCUGGCGGCUUGCGCUCAUCUUGUCUACCUCGGCAUCGGCGGCACGCGCUUCUCCAGCAAUUCUUCUGAGUCCGAGUGCUCGUCUCUCCAGGAGCGCGGCGUGCGGCUUAGUCAUCAAGUGUUUCUAGGCACUGACUUUUAG